AUGAUGCUGGGUUUUGAUGUAAAACAAAGACAAAAUGUUCUGCUUAUGGCAUUAAAGCUGUUUACAGCGUUUGCUAUAAUGGUUAUAGCUAUCGGCAGAAAGUUCAUUGGAAAAUUUCCCACUCUGUCCGGAAGCUCGCAGAAAAUUUUCCGGAAACCAAACAAAGUUGAAGGAACGAAAAUGCUAGAGCGAUUCAGUGAUAAUCAGCAACUUGCCUUGUCGGUAAUGUUGACUUGGCGUGAUAAAUUUCAUUAA